UUUUUUCUUGCUAGUAUUUCGUUCAACAUUGUCCCUCAUCGUGUACGGUAGUAUUGAGCUGCCCUUCGAGUAGCAAAAAUUGAUACGUGAUGAACGAUGUUAUGCCGCUAGCAGAGUAAAAAUGAUGAAGAUGAAAUAAGUCGCCACUCACUAAUAUCACCAUUCACAGCAACUACUAGAAGCAACUUCGUUUUUUCUACUUUCUUAGCGUUUAGAUGAAUAAACGGCUGAUAAGUAUCUACAACUCAUAGCAUCAAGUGCCGCGGUCGUCCCACCCCUGCUGUACCAUCAAGAACUUCAACUUUUACUUCAUCGAUGUUGGAGCACGGUUUGCUUUUCACAUCCACGAGCACUGAACGCAGCAUCACAUAAGCGCUAUCAAGGCUAGUUCCUCCGUCUUCUCAAAAUGACGCCGGCCCAGCUUAUCCUAUCCAGAAAACUACUCGGAGCGCUCUUUCUACUUCCAGGGCCCUUCUUCUCCCCGCCGGCCACCGGAACCAGGAGCAGGAGCCGCGACGCAGGCACAGCCCUUUUCCUUGUGGAGGGCUUGAAGCUUCUGGGUACAACGACGGGAGGUGGGAAAAAACAUCGUCAGAAGAAGAGGCGCUUCUCCGCCAAGGGUGUUGCGAGGACGUCGAAAAGUAACAAGAAAAGCCUAACGGCUAGUCUGCUCCGUACUAACGUCGAAACAAAUGGUCCACCAGCGGCGCUGCACAUCAAGAUCAACAAGGAGAACGAAAUCGCGACAACGACUUCUUCCCAAUCGACUUUCGUGGAAGCUGCUGCGUCAUCUACUUUGAGCAGUAGAAGGAGCCACGAUGCGAAUGACCCAGCUUUGUGUGCGAACCAUCCGGAGUGCGCAAAGCUGGCGCUAGCCGGUGCCUGCUGCCCAAAUGGUACCGGCGAUCACCUGUCUUGCUGCAGCACUGAGGUCGUGGAUCAGACGUCCUGGCCGGCACCUGAAGUUACAGUGACGACUACGGAGCAGCCGGGAGGUGUUGAUGUUGUUACGGAGCAGCCGGAUGUUGAUGCCGUGCAAGACGGAGGAGCGGAACAGCAGGAGACCGCUAGUACGGAGACCAGUACUACAACUCCCGUUUGCGUGCCAAAAGCAGGUCUCCCGCUGGGCGUCAGUUCGACGAGCCUCGUGCCUGUGCCUCUACCAGAAGAAGAUGAAGUACACGCAGGCUCCACCUGGAGUUGCGCUGGUUGCGAAGGCGGUCCAGUGGAGGAGGAGGAGGAGAUGGUUGAAGUCCCUGGAAUCGACUCUGAGGGCAACCCGUGUGUGGCGGUCGUGCCGAAAAGUAACGUGGAAGAGAACGCUCCAGCUGAGUUGGUGUCGACCGAUUCGUCUCCGGCGGAUCCGGGUACUAUGAACUGCAAAAGUAUCGUACUCGUAUAAACGCAUUACAAAUGUCCUCAGCAUGAAAGAUGACAUUUGUAAUUUAAGAAAAAAAUGCAUGAUUGCAAUUACUACGAGUGCGAUACUUUUGCAGAGCAUAGGUACCAGGAGCCCUUUCGUUCCGCUCCUCCCGGCCGGCUCCCUGCUCAGUCCUAUCCCGAGGAAAAUAAACGUCCCCACCCGGCCAGAGUCAAGAUGGGAAUUUUGCAUCACAGAUCCAGAAGUUUUGGCUGUUGCGCAUUACAAAUUUGGGUCAGUAAUGUAGUCGUGGUGUUUGGCUAGUGAAGCCACACCACAAAUCUAGCUCCUAAUCCUGAUUUGCGCAUGACAAAGUCCUGUCCUCCCAGACAGCAUGAGAAAAUGCUCCUUACAUAUGGGGCUCCUGCGCAUGAGAAACAUUUUAGGCAUGCAGAUUUGGAUGAAAAUAACUCUGGGGUGCUGGCGACGUUUAUUUUUUUCCUUGGGAUAAAUCCGAUCAGCAGUGCGAACCCCGUCGACGGCGUGUUCCAACCGCUGCGCCACACGCACCCGAUGCGCGUGUACGAAGGGUUUGCGCAGCACAAAGUGGGGGGCGUCUACCAGACGAAUCGGUUUUGGGCCAACUGGGCGUUCAAAGGUAUGCGGUACGGCCCGUACGGCGAUAAGGACGAGGACCUGAGUCGCAUGAUGGAGGAGUAUGGAUUCUUCCGCUCGGUCCCGAUCUACGUCGGGACUUUCGCCCUGUUUUGGGUGGACGGCUCGCUGGCCGUCCUCUGUGAGCCAUAUGCAAGAAAAAAACUGUGUAAGUGUAACUCUGUAAUGCAGAACGUGCAACAGAGUUACACCUGUCAUGCCAGACAGCCAUGAAGUCCUCUUUUCAUCUAUGUUUUCCCUUACAAGCCGCGCAUGACAGGUUUUCUCUGUUAUGUAGAGCAAAUUUGUGAUGCUGUCAACUAAAGAAAGUUACACUAACACAGUUUUUUUCUUGGAUAAGCCACACAAGAUCACCAGUAGCGAGCAACACCAGCGUAUUGUGAGGAAAAAUACGAGCCCCUCCGCAUAUUGCAAACGCAUUCAUCGUCUGAAAAUUUGUGAUGCAGACUUGUGACCACGAAUUCUGUCUGUCUUGCAAGAAGGCGAAUCCAGACAGUUCGCCACAGUGUGCAGGCGGUUUGUGAAGGUGCUGUGGGGCGGCUCCUUACAGUGUCGACGUUUGUCUUCAUGCUAGGGGCCUACAUCAAAAGAACCUCUCGACCACUCAGGCUUGGCAUGUGCCUGCAGUCCUCUACUGCGAGACAGAGCUGAUUUGUGUGCGGAAAUGAUCCAGCGUCAGAAUGAGCUUUGUUUGGAUAAUAUGGGGAGGUGGGAUUUGGUUUUCCUUUUGAUACGGCUCAACAUGGGGGAGAAAAAGAUGAACGGAUUCCCGUCGGCGGGAAAGGAAACUUUCUCGGCGGACGGGGAGAAGUGGAUGUCGGAGACCGGAAACAAAGCGAAAUUCGCAAACCAGCCCCACGCCUUCGCCUACACGCGUCCGGUCGCUUUAAACGAAAUCUCGCUCUCCAUCGACGCUGUGGAACUGCUUUCCGCGCAGGAAAAGCGACAGUACGAAAUCGUGAAAGAGUCCCUGCUGGGGAUUCACGCGACCUCCACGGCAACGGCUACCGGUUCGAAAAUCCUGUACCCGAUUUACAACGGAAUGUCCUAUGUCUCGGCCUACUACGAACCUAAUUUGACCCCCGUGUUGCUCUUCAACGCGAUUACACCCACGAAAAUCACGGUGCGCGAUCUUGUCGGGCAACCACCCAACGUCUUCGCGUGGGAUUUCGAAAUGGACGCCGUUCAGGGUGGUUCGGUCUGGCGGGUGUUUCUGCUGCCAGUUGGGACCGCCCCGGUUACAGACUUGGCCUGGGACCACGAUGCGAAUCUCCGGACGCCCAACAACAGGCUGCGCAUGGUGCAGCUAAACCAGCAAUUCCAAGGGUGGCUGCGGGUCGCGCAAGUGCAGUCCAGUGCGAGAAAGUACGACGACGGUGUGCAGCGCCCGACGCUGCGCUGCCGGGCGACCAAAGACGAGUGGACGGCCACGCGCACAACCUGCGCCAGUGCCUACGACGCGUCAGCCGCUGCCGUUCUGUACGACAUGGGAGUGGACCUACAGGCGUCUGGACUCUUGAAUUACGAGUUCAAACACCCACCGGCCGCGCUGCAGCCGCUCGCCGCUUCUACUUCCGGGGGUAGUGGCAGUGUAGCCCCUGAGCACCUGCACUUUGCGUACCAGACGCACCUGCGUCACCUGAAAAGCAAUCCGGACAACGAAAACGAUUUCGCGGCGAUGGUGCAAGACCUGCAGUUUCAGUCUAUGUCGCAGGGCUGGAUGACCGCCGUGCGGGGCUCGAGAUGGUCGAUGAAGCCGAACCUACUUGGAGAGGCGCAGGGACUGGAUUUCAUGCCAAAAGGCGACUCCAGCGGAACUUUGAAUUUGGUGAGUGGGCAGGUCCUGGAGGACUUGCGGACGGAGUUUCGGGCGGACUUUGGGCACUUCAAGUGGGGCGCCCCUGCCUACUCGGCGCACAACAGCGUUCCUGCCCCCGGGGGGGUCUACAAUGGCGGCAAAAAGUUCCAGAAGUUUGCCGUUUAUUGCCUCCUGGCGGAGGAGCUCUUUGGUGCGGGCCAGCCUGUUGCUGACGCAGCCCAACAGGCUCAGGAGGACGAGGAGAAUAUGGAGCUGUGUCCGAAAAUCCUGAAGGAGCUCUUUCUUUGUUGGAUCAAUCCGGCGCAGGAUUUCUGUGCGCACGUUUCCGGGCAGCAGAUUCCGCUCGCGUACGAGCCGAAGUUUGGCGGGGUGAUCAAUCCCACCAUGAGCCCUGCAGCCGAAGCGAAGGGUAUCGAAUGGAAAAAUACCCCCUCCCCAUAUCAAAACGGAACUUCUGUUGAUGCUGGAUUUGUGAACACAAAUCAGCUGUGUAUUGCAGAGAGGCACUGCGGCCAGGUCCCCAGGCUAGGUAGGGGCGUAGGGGUCUAGUUGUUGAGCAUGGCAAACGGCUCCCCUUUAGGCCCAACAGCAUGACAAAGCGCUUCCAUAAUGGGCCGGAAGCUUCUGCCCUUGUCUUCUUGCAAUACAAACGUGACCGCAAAUCCGCAACACAAAUUUUCGGAAACAUACCCGUUCAAUAUGGGGAGGGGGGAUUUUUCCUCUCAAUAAAGGGGGAUGCGAUUAACGAGGAAACGCCGGGCAUCGGGACUUACUGUGACCUAUGCACUGCAAAUAUAAUAACGUCUGGGUCUGGAAGUGGAAGAAUGCAAGUUUGUCUUGCUUGGCGAGCAUGACUCUUGAGUUUGUCAUGCUGGAUAGUAGACAACACCUAGCAAGAACUCAGAAAUUUUUUAUGCUGAGCCGUCAUUUGUGGCGUCCUCAUGAUUCGCCAGUCAGCGUCACAAGUUUCCAGACCCAGACAUGUUUGCAGUUGAUAUCUGCCCGACUUCGGAAACAUCUGCUUCAACGACCAGCACUACCACUAUGGAAGUGUCAGGACCGAUGAAAUCGACAAAAUUGAAAAUUUUGUGUAUGCAUGAAAUACCAUGCACAGAUUGCCUGUCUUGCAGAGCAGGCAAAAGAGGGCGAUUUUUAGAGGCCUUUUUGGCGUUAGAGACAGAACUGCUGAAACAGCAUGACAAAAGAUGUCGUCUUUGCCCAAACAGCAUGACAGACUAGGUGCCAUGAAAAUUUGUCAUGCGCCGCUUGGAAAAUAAGGAAAUUGGGUCUACUCCAAUAGCUCUCGACUUUAUGCAGAUAAAAAAAGUUAUAAUUUCAACUUUGUCGAUUUCGAUCCUGACACCCCCAUAACCACUACGGCUACUUUGUCUACUCCGCGGCGGUUCUGAUGAAGUUCAAGGGCGAAGAGAUUCUGCAGGAGGGGGCCGUUGGGGGCAACAGACUGGUUGACGUCGUUCACGGGCUCCUCCGUGCGGUUGCCAACCCCGCGCAAAACUACGAAACCAUCGACUUGGGCGGGAAUUCCAUGUCGGACCCCUACUUCCCCAUGUUCCGCUACUUUGACCUUUUCGACCUGCAUUCCUGGUCGCGCGGGCUGCGGUCCAACACCUUCGGCAAAGACCAGGAGUCUACCUCCGAGGAGAUCAACUUUUACCACGGCGCGCAGCUGUGGGGCCGCUGGAUGAAGGUGCACGGGAAAAAGUUGCAGUUACCAGAGUACGAACAGCUGGGGGCCCGGCUGGAAACCAUCUUUACCAUGAUCACCGCCCUGAAUGCGCAGUCGAUCCGGACCUUUUACCAGAUGGAAGAAUAUGAGAACUUCGGCGACAUCCACCCGCUCGAGUUUGCGCGGAACCACUGCGUGGGCAUGCUGUACCAGAACGAGGUGAAGUACAGCACCUGGUUUGGCCCCGCGAAGGAGUUCAUGCACGGCAUCCAGAUGAUGCCGUUGACCACCGCCCUGCGGCUGGCGCGCGACCCGGAGUUCAUGAAACUGGAAUACUACGACGCCUUUGACUAUGGGAGUGUCAGGAUCGAAAUCGACAAAAUCGAAAAAUUUGUGAUGCGUAAAAUGUAGGGCACGCGACGCCUGUAUUGGGGAGCAGGCAAAUGAGAUCGAUUGUAAGCCUGUUUAGGGUUAUACAAUGUGUUGCCAGAGUAGCAUGACAGGAGCAGUCUGCUUUGCCCAAACAGCAUGACAGACUGGAUUUUGGUGGUCCCGAAAUUUGUCAUGCGCCACUUGGAAACUGAGGCCCCAACUGGCAUCCAUUUUGUGCAUCACAAAUUUUUCGAUUUUGACAAUUUCGAUCCUGACACAUCCAUAUUGACUGCAAAGACCCGGCGAACUACGCAACCGACGACUGGUCCUGCGUUGCGCCAUGCACGCCGGUGGAUAUUUCGAUCGUGGAUAACCACGUGACGCGGCUGGGCGCUAUCCACGCUUCGCUAAAAAUGUGGAUCGGGCAGAUUGCGACCGGGAACAUGGCGCUGACCAACGACGCGAACGCGCAAAAGCGGGCCUACGACAUCCUGCAAGCCUGGGAGCAGCCUGCGCGGCCCGUGGACGCCGGAUCCACGCUGCUGUACUACAAAUUCUGGGUCCUGAAAAUGGCCGAGGCGAGCGGGAACGACGUGACUUCCGCGGGCUCUCUCGCCCCGGAGCUUUCACUAUCGCCGGAGGUGCACGAGCACGACCCGGCGAGCGGCGAAUUACUUUCCGACGGCGCACCCUCAACAUCAUCAUCGUCCCAGAAUGUUGAGCCGGGAGAUGGGCUUUCUCCUCUUUCGCAGGAUGAGCCUGUGGGCGGGUUGUACAGGAAUGCCGCGCACAACUCUUCGAUCUUUUCUUCUAACUCGUCUAACUAGUACUUUUGAGGGGUGAUUCAAUCGUGUUUCCGAUUUUUCUAUUCACGACACGUUCACAACGCCAAAAACGAAUUACAGCGAGCUCGGUAUUUAUUCGGUUGGAACUUUCCAUGCACUUCUUGCAUGAGGUUUUUUUGCAUCUCUCAGCAUUUCCAAAAUGUCCUAACUUGACUUUAUUCAACUUGACUUUAUUCACACAUUUACAUUUUUCGAGCGUAGUUGUCAAAUUAUUGUGAGUGUUUAAAAGUUCUACCAUAAAGCGCCUUGUCCCCACCUAAAACUACAGUUUACUGCGAAAGGCUGUUACUCAUUUUUCUGUAAAAAUUAAUUCAGGAAACGCAAAAGCAAAACCAAAAAGAAGUAGAACGAAGCUCGGUCCCCUUUUUUUCGUUACCCCUCCCCUUUUUUCUUUUUUUAGUCUGCGAAACAGUAAAACGAAGUGCGAAGCCCGCGCGUCUAGAGAAAUUACUACGAAAGACCUGCACAGCGAUGUGACCUCUGGUUACUCGCUCGCUGCUUUGUAUGUUUGCUUUUAUAUGCUCACGGCUUGGCUUUGGCUGAUGGCCGUCCUUUUGUUUGUAUCCGUAUUUGCUGUUCUCGUAGAUGCUUUCUUUGCUCGUGCUAUCCUAUCUACCAGAGCGUCGGUUCGUACGUCUGUGCCACUGUUCGUGUGUUUUGCUUUCCAGGAGCCCGAUCGCAAAUUCGUGCGCUCCUCUCAUUCCGUUGCCGAAAUCUGAUCUUCCCUCUGCCCCCUCUUGCAUACGCCCCUGUAGGAUUGAGAGUCUACCCUUUUAUCUUGCUUUUUUCGUCUAAGUCU